UUCCUCCACAGAGUCGACCAGGAGAGCUCAGAGGUUCCCAGAGGUCCGUCUGUCCAGCAGCAUCAGACACACCUGGACUCCAUAUUUAUGCUGCUGGAGGAGAACAUUGUCACUUUUGUGAAGAACGAACUGAAGAAGGUCCAGAAGGUUCUGAGUUCAGAUUACCCAGAAUGCUUAGAGAGUCAGAGGGAGGAUGAUGAGGUGUUGGACGGUGAGGAUGAAGAGCAGAGGAGGAGGAGCAGCAGAGAGGCAUUUCUGAAGAUCACACUUCACUUCCUGAGGGGAAUGAAGCAGGAGGAGCUGGCUGACUGUCUGCAGAGCAAACAUCUUGCUGCAGUUUGUCGGCGUAAACUUAAAUCUAACCUUCAGAAGAAGUUCCACUGUGUGUUUGAGGGGAUCGCGAAAGCAGGAAACCCAACCCUUCUGAAUCAGAUCUACACAGAGCUCUACAUCACAGAGGGAGGGACUGCAGAGGUCAAUGAUGAACAUGAGGUUAGACAGAUUGAAACGGCAUCCAGGAAACCACACAGACCAGAAACAACAGUCAGACGAGAAGACAUCUUUAAAGCCUCACGUGGAAGAGACGAACGAAUCAGAACAGUGAUGACAAAGGGAGUGGCUGGCAUCGGGAAAACAGUCUUAACACAGAAGUUCACUCUGGACUGGGCUGAAGACAAAGCCAACCAGGACAUACAGUUCACAUUUCCAUUCACUUUCAGAGAGCUGAAUGUGCUGAAAGAGAAAAAGUUCAGCUUGGUGGAACUUGUUCAUCACUUCUUCACUGAAACCAAAGAAAUCUGCAGCUUUGAAGAGUUCCGGGUUGUUUUCAUCUUUGACGGUCUGGAUGAGUGUCGACUUCCUCUGGACUUCCACAACACUGAGAUCCUGACUGAUGUUAGAGAGUCCACCUCAGUGGAUGUGCUGCUGACAAACCUCAUCAGGGGGAAACUGCUUCCCUCUGCUCGCCUCUGGAUAACCACACGACCUGCAGCGGCCAAUCAGAUCCCUCCUGGGUGUGUUGACGUGGUGACAGAGGUCAGAGGGUUCACUGACCCACAGAAGAAGGAGUACUUCAGGAAGAGAUUCAGAAAGAAGAAGGCCAGCAGAAUCAUCUCCCACAUCAAGACAUCACGAAGCCUCCACAUCAUGUGCCACAUCCCAGUCUUCUGCUGGAUCACUGCUACAGUUCUGGAGGAUGUGUUGAAGACCAGAGAGGGAGGAGAGCUGCCCAAGACCAUGACUGAGCUGUACAUCCACUUCCUGGUGGUUCAGGCCAAAGUGAAGAAGGUCAAGUAUGAUGGAGGAGCUGAGACAGAUCCACACUGGACUCCAGAGAGCAGGAAGAUGAUUGAGUCUCUGGGAAAACUGGCUUUUGAGCAGCUGCAGAAAGGAAACCUGAUCUUCUAUGAAUCAGACCUGACAGAGUGUGGCAUCGAUAUCACAGCAGCCUCAGUGUACUCAGGAGUGUUCACACAGAUCUUUAAAGAGGAGAGAGGACUGUACCAGGACAAGGUGUUCUGCUUCAUCCAUCUGAGUGUUCAGGAGUUUCUGGCUGCUCUUCAUGUCCAUCUGACAUUCAUCUCCUCCAGAGUCAAUCUGCCGGCAGAGGAAAAGCAGUCAACAUCCUGGUGGUCUAAACUAUUCAGUGACAAACCAACACAUCCCAUCAACUCCCAGGAGUCUGAAGCAAGAAAAAACGAAGUUGCACUGACACAGCACCUUCAGAGUUUUGUAGACGAGGCCUUACAGAGUCCAAAUGGACACCUGGACUUGUUCCUCCGCUUCCUCCUGGGUCUUUCACUGCAGACCAAUCAGACUCUCCUAAAAGGUCUACAGACACAGACAGGAAGUAGCUCACAAACCAAUCAGAAAACGGUCCAGUUCAUAAAGAAGAAGAUCAGUGAGACUCUGUCUGCAGAGAGGAGCAUCAAUCUGUUCCACUGUCUGAAUGAACUGAACGAUCGUUCUCUAGUGGAGGAGAUCCAACAGUACCUGAGAUCAGGAUGUCUCUCCACAGAUAAACUGUCUCCUGCCCAGUGGUCAGCUCUGGUCUUCAUCUUACUGUCAUCAGAGGAAGAUCUGGACGUGUUUGACCUGAAGAAAUACUCUGCUUCAGAGGAGGCUCUUCUGAGGCUGCUGCCAGUGGUCAAAGCCUCCAACAAAGCUCUGCUGAGUGGCUGUAACCUCUCAGAGAGAAGCUGUGAAGCUCUGUCCUCAGUUCUCAGCUCCCAGUCCUCUAGUCUGAGAGAGCUGGACCUGAGUAACAACAACCUGCAGGAUUCAGGAGUGAAGCGACUUUCUGCUGAGCUGAAGAGUCCACACUGUGUCCUUGAAACUCUCAGGCUGUCAGGCUGUCUGAUCACAGAGGAAGGCUGUACUUCUCUGGUCUCAGCUCUGGACUCCAACCCCUCCCAUCUGAGAGAGCUGGACCUGAGCUACAAUCAUCCAGGAGACUCAGGAGUGAAGCGGCUGUCUGCUCGACUGGAGGAUCCAGGCUGGAGACUGGACACUCUCAGGGUGGAGCCUGCUGGAGUCCGAUGGUUGACACCAGGUCUGAGGAAGUAUUCCUGUGAGCUCACAGUCGACACAAACACAGUCAGCAGAUACGUCAAAAUGUCUGACAGCAACAGGAAGAUGACACAUGUGAAGGAGGAUCAGUCAUAUCCUGAUCAUCCAGAGAGGUUUGACUGGUUGUGUGCUCAGCUGCUGUGUAGAACUGGUCUGACUGGUCGCUGUUACUGGGAGCUCAAGUGGAGAGGAGAUGUUUCUAUAUCAGUGAGUUACAGAAGAAUCAGAAGGAGAGGAGACAGAGAAGACUGUUUGUUUGGAUACAAUGAUCAGUCCUGGAGUCUGAGGUGCUCUUAUGAUGGUCGUUACUCUGUCAGUCACAAUAACAGAGAAACAGACAUCUCCUCCUCCUCCUCCUCCUCCUCCUCCUCCUCCUCCGGUAGACUAGCAGUGUAUGUGGACUGUCCUGCUGGCACUCUGUCCUUCUACAUAGUCUCCUCUGACUCACUGAUCCACCUCCACACCUUCAGCACCACAUUCACUGAACCUCUUUAUCCUGGAUUUGGGUUCUUUGGGUUCAGUUCUGGUUCCUCAGUGCAUCUGUGUGGUGUUUAGUGUGCAGAGUCUCCUCCUGUCACAGAAACAUUGUCAGUGCUGAACAGUUGAGUCUGUACAGGAUCACAGUCCCAUCAAUCUUUCAGCGUCUUGUAAUAAAUUCAUCAGUCAACUUUGUACAAAAUGAUUCAAACUGAUUGAAAAGAUUCUUCAUUUACAUUUGAAACUUCUUCCAUUAAAUUGCGGAAAUUGAAGUUCUCAGGUUGUGGGUUCAAGCCUGGAACCAGUCAGAAAGGAAGGACGAGUAUCUGAUGACAUCGCUUCUACUGUUUAAAUCCUCAGUUCAAAUCCUCGUCGUUUUCACACAAUCAUUUUGUUGUGAUAAGAAAUGAAAUGCUCAAAGAAAGUGUUUCAUUUAAGACUGAUUCAUCAGCUCAGGAUGGUGAAGUGAUGCUGUGAAGUCUGGAGGUUGUGGGUUCAAUCCCUGGGUAGUUCAGCUGAUUUUUAAACCUGAAAAGGGACAUACUUAUUCAGGCCCACAUCUGUUUGUUAAGAAUUAAGAGGGUUAGAAAUACCCAGAAUCCUUUGCAGCAGUAAAUAACUGCAGUUAAAAUAAAUCAGCGUGGUGGCAGCAUUAAUAAAAGAUUUCCUGCUGAUUUAAAAGAUGUCAGUGAUUGUGCCGCCUCAGAACAACACUGAACAUUUCCCUCAUUUGAUUCCAGGACGACAAACAGUGAAAUGUGACAGACUGAGAUAUAUACAGACUGAACAGUGUGAUAUGAGCUCGCUGGAUACACAACAGCUGUGGUUUCUUUUCACCAGCAGAGGGCGGCAACGUCCUCCAGCUCCAGCAGAAUAAUCCUGAAUAAAGAGCCAGAGAAAAGGAACAUCUUGUUAGUAAGGACGUGAAAGUUAUAAUGUCCUUUUGUGUAGAGUUGAGUGCAAGUGAGGGGUCAGGAAUCCCAAAUAUAGCAAUCAGAGGACAAGGCUGGAGAUUUACCCCAAGAACAGUGGACAUGAUAGUAAAAUAACCCGCCCAGAAUCCUUUCAGACCAGUAUAAAGAAAAAACAUGUGGCUAAGGUGACAAGGAGAGGAAUAAAGUAGAGCAGGUAUAGAAGAUCCCCUACAGGAUGAUGGUUCCAACUCACACCAAGAGGAUUCAGGAGAUUUGAACCAGUAGCAAAGUUUAUGGAUGUGAGCAGCACAAUAGUAAGUUAGAAAAUGAGGUAAUGCAAGUCCUCCAAGUCUGCAUCUCUGCAGUAAAGUUUAAUGAACCUGAGGUGAUUUCCCACCCCAAAUAAAAGAACAGAUUAUCUUAUCCAGUGAGUCAGAGAAAUAUUUUGUCUGAAAAAGAGGAACUGACUGGAAUAAAAAUAGAAAUGUUGGUAAAAUAUUCAUUUUAACAACAUUGAUCUUGCCAAUUAAUAAAAGGGGGAGGUUACCCCAUCUUUGAAUAUCGGAUGUAAUCGUUGACAUAAGGGGAGUGAAAUUAGCAGAUGCGAGGCUCGAUAAAGAACAAGUCAAGUUAAUACCUAAAUAUUUAAACCCCGAUGGACUAAACUGAAAAGGUGAAUCUGGGUUUUCUUUUUCUUUGUGUAACUUCUGAUCUUGAUGUUCUGUUCAUGAUUCUUGCUGAGCCAAGAUAGAGACUGAGCCGAUGCCCAGCUGGUUACUGAACCGCCCAGAUGUUACCAACAUUAAUGAACUGACAGAUGAACUCAUUAAAACUGUGGAUUAUACAAGUAGAUUUUUGCUCUCAGGAUCACAUGUGAAGCAGCAUCCUGAGACCUAAGGGGGGAUUUGUGGAUUUCAAAAGUGUGACUGACCAGGUCGUCAAAACUCAGAGAACUUCUCCUCACAGCAGCGAUUUAAGAUCCUGCCAGUAUUCCAGAUCAGUCAGCGCCGGAGCUGCGACGCAGAGCUGACCAGCUAACUACACAAUCCAAAGAACAAGUUAGCACCGAGCUGCUGUCCCUGCAAAGGAAAGGACGGCCAGUUUCCUCCACCUGCUGUUUUUCAUCAGACUGCUGCUUUAUCUUCACUGUUUCACUUCAGUUUCAGCACAAAUGAACAAUUGAUGAUAAAUAUUAUAUAUAUGACUCGUUGUUUCCCAAAUCAUAAAUCAAAACAGUCAUUAAAGGAUUAGAAGUGUUUCUCAGUAACUUCACAUGUUGACACUGUAGUUAUACACAUCAGAAACACAUUGAAUGGACUCAUUUAUGCCUGUUAUUGAGCAACACAAAUAUUUUCUUAAACCAAAUGAAAACAUGUAGAAGCUGUGAGAU